GCCGAGGCGGACCCCGUGCCGCCGCCCGCAAGGUCACGGUGCGGAGCUCGGGCCGUCCGGGAGGCCGAGGCCGAGGCCGCGGCGGGGAGGCCGCUGCCCCUGAAGGGAAGCGGGAGGUGGACGCGGCCCGCCACGGCGACGGCGGGGAGGAGGGGCGGCCGGCCCGCCUGGCCCGGUUCGGUCCCUGACCCGGUUCCGCGGCGUGUCACCCGGGGUGUGGCCUUCUCCUCGGCCGGCUCAGUUUCCUCCGUCUCCGGUGGGCAUUGGACCCACUCCUCGGCGCUGCCGGGAGGUUACAGCCUGAGAGCCUGAAACUCACACGGUCUGGAAGCAACCCGGGAAGAGUCCAGUUUGGGUGUCUGGAGACAUGGCCCUUAACCCUGCUCUUGCCUGUCUUCCAGAAGAAAGGUGGCAGGAAUGCUAACGCUGGCAAGCAAGUUGAAGCGGGAUGAUGGUCUCAAAGGAUCCCGGACAUCAGCCUCCACAUCUGACUCUACCCGGAGGGUUUCUGUGAGAGACAAGUUGCUUGUUAAAGAGGUUGCAGAACUUGAAGCUAAUUUACCUUGUACAUGUAAAGUACAUUUUCCUGAUCCAAACAAGCUUCAUUGCUUUCAGCUGACUGUAAGCCCAGAUGAGGGUUACUACCAGGGUGGAAAAUUUCAGUUUGAAACUGAAGUUCCCGAUGCCUACAACAUGGUGCCUCCCAAGGUGAAAUGCUUGACUAAAAUCUGGCACCCCAACAUCACAGAAACGGGGGAAAUAUGUCUAAGUUUACUAAGAGAACAUUCAAUUGAUGGCACUGGCUGGGCUCCCACUAGAACAUUAAAGGAUGUUGUUUGGGGAUUAAACUCUUUAUUUACCGAUCUCUUGAAUUUUGAUGAUCCACUGAAUAUUGAAGCUGCAGAACAUCAUUUGCGGGACAAGGAGGAUUUUCGGGACAAAGUGGAUGAAUACAUCAAACGCUAUGCCAGAUGAUAAGAGGAGAGAUCGCAGGUCUGAGGACUUUGUCACAGUUGUCUCUGAUGUGAAACAGCUCGAGGUAGCCCUCCUCCCCAUCCUCAUACUCCCUGUCAGCCCCUUGGGAUUGUCCCAGUCCUGCGACCAUGCUGUCCUGAAGAAGACCCUCCUGACUGCCCACUAUAGGUGGCGAACAACAUAAUACAGCAAGAAAGUGUGUCUGGGCCUCAAGAGAGUUGUCUGCUUCCCUUAACAUGUUUACUGAAACUACUGUCUAGGCUGUCUGGUGGAAUCCCUCUGAAGUUGUAAUGAACUCACCACUGAGGAUAUAGCGCUUGCUUCCUUUCCCCCAACAAUCGGUGUCCUGCACAAGUGGUGUAAUGACAUGUUCCAUGUGACUGGCAGAUUGGCAAUAAGAAACCCGCUAUAAACUGUGAUUGGAUGCACACUCUCUUAGCUUCUUCCACGAAUGUUGACCCUACCUAGAUGUGAAGCUUCCCAGAAUGCAUAGUCAUUCACUGUAGAUCUUACUGAAAUGCGUAUUUUAUUUAAUGUAAGUAUAUUUUGGAACAGAUUUGUAAUUUGUACAAUUUGAUGCUUUAAUUAUUUUUUCUAUUCUUAUUUACUUUGUAUUCAUUGUAUAGAGCAAACACAAAGACAUUGAGUCAAGAAACUACUGAAGAGAAAUACAAAGAGACCAUGCUAGGCACAUAAUUCAGUUUCUCCAGACGCAGCAGUAGUCUGGCUCCUAGACAGCAGCUCUUCCUUCAGGUCUACAUGUGGAUGUCUUAGAGCCUUAGAACCUACACCUGGACGAUCAGAACCAAAGGCAGGGAGGCUUCCCUCGAUUGCUACCCAGACACAGCAGGCUAGGGCUCUCUAAGCAAGGCUGGUAGGUGAUUAUGCCAUGGUCAUAGCAUGAGCCAGGGCUCCUUAACAGACUCUGUCAUUGCCAUCCUGCCUGGGGAGUCAGCCCAGUCUAAGACUCUGCCACAACUCCAUUAUGACUGUCUUCCAAUUUGCCAGUGGUUCCAAGAGGGGGAGUUUCAUAGCUGCAGCAUACGCCAUAAUCAGGGUAGUCACUUCAGGGUCAGCCCUGGAGAGACAGGUGGGCUUAUUCUGGCUUUAGACAUCUGAACCAGUGAAAUCUAAUGCAAAAUAAAUGCAUGUCUGGUUUUACUCAC